AUGGUUUCUCUCACCCACCUUGCGCUCGCCAUCGCGGCAUUUACCAGGGUCUUCGCCGCGCCGACCGCCGACCCCGAGGCUCCCGACUUCGUGAUCGGGCCGGGGAACCUCGCGCGGCGCCAAGAUUACAACCAGAACUACAAGACGGGCGGCAAUGUCAACUUCUCCCCUACCAACAACGGAUACUCCGUGAGUUUCUCCGGGGCCGGGGACUUUGUCGUGGGCAAGGGCUGGAAGACUGGGACCACCAGAAACGUCACUUUCGAUGGUUCCACAUCCCACUCAAGUGGUACGGUUCUCGUUUCCGUGUAUGGAUGGUCGCGAAACCCGCUGGUGGAGUACUACAUCCAAGAGUACACAUCGGACGGCAAGGGUUCGGCCCAGGGAACCAAGGUCGGAACGGUUGAGAGCGACGGCUCUGUGUACGACAUCUGGAAGCACACGCAGGUCAACCAGCCGUCCAUUGCCGGUACUACCACCUUCACCCAGUAUAUCUCGAACCGGCGCGAUGCUAGGCCUGGCAGCGGCACGAUCACUACCAAGAAUCACUUCGAUGCAUGGGCUAAACUGGGUUUGAACUUGGGAACUAUGGAUUACCAGGUCCUUGCAACCGAGGGUUGGGGCAAUGCAGGCGGAAACUCCAAGUACACCAUCACCGGGUCCUAG